AUGAAUGACACGACAAAUGACACGGAAAUCAGCUGUGAUACUUCAUACGAAAUGCGGUACAUCAGGUGGGUCACAACUCUCAUUUUCGGUUCUGAAUUCAAACAUUAUUAUCUGCGGAAAAUAGCUGGUUGCUCUUUUAUAAAAUUCACUGGACAUGUGUUCACAAAUUCGCCCACAUUUUUAGCUGAUAGUGAUAUCAAUACGAUAAAUAUCAUUUUAUGAAAAUAUACCACCACAGUGGAAGCUGAGCAAGACAAACUGAAACUUCGACUUGAAUCGGAAGUUUAUUUUCCCUCAUUUCAAUCCCUUUGAACUACUCAAAAAACCGAAAAAAAAGGAAUGAAUACGAAGUCGGUGUGUUUUUCAAUUUCCCGAGCCUUUGUUUUUGACUCCUGCCAAAGUUGGUAACGUGUAGCAAACUUGUGAAUCAGAGAAGGAAGAGCCCUUUCUUGCAGUUGUCUUUAAUUUUUUCGUGCAUUGUAUUCAAUUAUUGCUCUUAAUAAGUGCAAUUGUCUUCACCCUUCAAGCAUUCCCCAUGAACUUCUUCAAUAAGCACUCAAUUUUCAAGAGGAGCCUUCAUGAUUGUUUCUUCCUAGCGUCCUAAAACAAUAGAAAAAAAUGAGGAAAUCUUUUUGUUAGUACCGUCUUAGUAUACACGCCUUUGCAGCUUGUAUAGAGAUUUCUGGCUUUCCUUGAGCAAAAAAGAGAGAGAGAAGCGCUAAAUUUGAGAUUAGAAAAAACGGCAGUUUAUCACAUUUUGAAGUGGCGCUAGAUUUCAGACGACCUUUUUUGUGUUGACGUCGCCACCACCACACGAACUUUUUCACCAAAAUGGGGAAUUUUGAAAUAGGUCUUUUUUCCUGGCAACACGACAGCUUGUAGGAAACGCAUCACAAAACGUUUUUCGAGAUAUUUGAAAAGAAGUUUUCCGAAGCUUGCAUAUUUUCAAAGCAAAAAUAAAAUGAGUCAAGAAGUGGAUAAUGAAUGGGACGGCUUCGAACUCUUGUCUCUUUGCUGUUAUUUUGAGCUUCUAAGGAAGUUUCCGCCAGCGGGGCUCAGCCAAGAGGCGCGUGCCGAGUAGAGAAAGUAAGCUCUGGGUUCCACACGUGCCAAAAGGACUUCGGCGGCGAAAUAUUUUGCGCCGAUGAUCCGUAAAACUCAUUUCCAAGUCGUUUCUAUAUCCAACCAUAGUGACUCAAAUUCGGACAUUCGACGAGAUGAAAAAUAAACGUUUCCGGAGCCCACACUUGGUGGAAAUUAGUGAAAUUUGUUUUGCUUCCUGCAUUGAAUUUGUGAAAUAUCGUCAUUAUAAGCGACCAAAGCUUGGACAUUUCAAGUGAUUUUAUUCGAGGAUUUUUUUUGUGUUAUUUUCUGAGAAUGAAGGCAACAAAAUGCCUACAAACGAUGCCGCCCACAAAACUACAAAAACGUCGCCGACUUAGUACGCAGGCAACAUUUAAGAAGGAGAGAGGGCUCAGAGUGAAGUUUCGCCCACAAAAUAUAUGUCUCGCAGUAGAGGGACCAAAUUUGAAGUUAAGCCAAAACUGCGGGGCGCUUAGAACUGACGGCAGACAAAAAUUUCAGAAUGGAGCCUUGCAUUUAAAUGAGCUGCACUUAUGAGCAGAACUGUAAUUGGAACGGAAAAAAAUAACUUUAUAUUUUUUUCAGUCUCGGCACAGCGGUUUCUGCUAUCGGGCUGGCGCUCAACACUUUCUUGCUCUACGUCCUUAUAUCUCGAAAUAUCGUCAGAACGUAUCCUUUUCAAACGUUUCUUGCCUUUCUCGAUGCAAUGCUCUGUUCUCUCUACAUUUACUGUUUUUUCUUUGCCUAUAUUGCUACAAUGUACCGGAUAGGUGAGGUUUCUUUAUUUAGCAAUUAAAUUUUAACAUUUCAGAGUUUCUUUACACCGCAGUCUUGGAUUCUAACGUCGUAUCUCUAACCAUGAGCAAAGUCGUGCAGGCAGCAAUACCAUACACCAUACUUGCCAACAGUGCUGACAAAGUUCUUCUCGUUAUGAUUCGUGACGCCAAGUAGGCUCUUUAUAAUUAUUUUUGGUCUCUUUUUAAUCAUGUGGAGGAAAAAAUCAGCCGUUUUAUCUUUUUUUUCUCACAGCUCAAAGUUUCGAAACGGAGAGAAAUGAAAACUAAUUGGGACAGUUGUUUUAGACAUAAAGGUCGUGCAAUUUUUUAUGACAGAUCUUUCACGCCAGGGCCAAUGUUAACGCUCUCCGCACAGACGGCCACACGCGAAAACAACCAGAAACAUUUAAUUAAUUUUUUUGGGGGCCUAGCAUCAUUUCGCACGCCCGCACAAACAACGAAAUGGUUAAAAAUUCAGAACAAAAGUAUAUUUUAAGAAAUGCACGCGUCCAAGGAUGUCUUGACAAGUUCGUCCGAAGGUCAUCUAACUUUCUCACGUGCUCCAGAGAAGACCAGAGGCACUUCAAAGCAAAUACGAAAAGUGAAUAAAAAAAACUUUCUCAGAUCUGCGUUCACAGUUCGAGUUCGAGUUUGUGUCAUCAUCCUCAUUUCGUCGAUUGUUUUACGAGGAAACACUCUUUUCACUCACCGGAUGGGCCAAAGCGAAGAUUGCGACUUUUUCCAGAGCAAAUGGAUAGAAAUGGACAGUGAGUACCGAGAGUUCUGGAGAGCCUACGAAGGAUUUUACAACGUGAGCUCGAAAGAAAACUACUUUCUCUGAGUACCCGAAUUCAGAAUUAUAACACUGGUAUCGUGUUUGUGAUGCUUCUGGCUCUGCACGCUGUUUUGCUCCGAGAGCUCUGCCGGAAAACAAACCGUGCCAAAAGGAGUAAUCAGCAACAGCAGGAAGUCAAUUCUCCUUCUCAAAUUUUUUCGGCUAGUUUCUCAAUUUUUGUGGACCAAAUUGGUUGAAAAAAGGGAAAUGUGUAUAUUUUGGCUACUUAAAAAGUUUUUUUGAAAUACUUAUUAGAACUCUUGAGAACUUCACUGAAGUUUUAAGUAUUUGAAACGCUUCCGAUUCUCAGAAAACAUUCAAGAAUCUCAAAUUUUCCCAAAAAAAAAAUCUCAGUGAAAAAUUUCUGCGAAAAAAGUUGAAAAAACAAAUUUUUCACGGUUCUUUAGCCAAAAUUUGAAUUCUUUGCUUCAAAGCUCACGGAAGCCUACUUGAAAAUUUCUUCAAGUAGUUGUGGCACACGUUUUGAAUUCUCAGCUGCAGUCGAUGAGAAAAUUUUGAACUUUUUUAAAAGUUUAAAAAAAAAGUUGAAGUAUACAUCAAAUAGGGAGAUGCUUUUUUUACGCUAUCCUAUAAAAGCAAAAAUUCCGAAACUUUUUUUCGAUUGAGUGUUUUGCAAAAAAACUUCAGUUUUUUUAGUUAUAAUAAAUCAAAUUCGAUCAAAAAAAUUAAUUCUCAAAAUUUUUUUAGGAAUAUUUUGAAAAUUGAAAACCAUAAUCUUUUUCAUAUCUUCAAAUUUUUUUCUUCAAAUGCUGAACAGAAAUGACCUAACCUUAGUGACCUUAGAGAUUUUUUCAUCAGUAUGAAGACCUAAAGCCAAUAUAAAUCCAGCUGAAUAAAACAAAAUUAAAGGAUUAGAACCGUUUUAAGACAAAAAGUUUUUCCUCCCAAGUUUCGGAAUGAGGCCUUCGAAUUAUUAGCCAUUAUGAGCCGUUAAGACUGUUGGUUUAGUGCCAUCUCUUCUCAAAAUAAGAAAACUGUGUCGAUUAGAAAGCUAUUUCUGAAACCUCGACGAAAGUUCGCACUUCUCCCCAACUAAAGCUUACGGAUCCUCAAAGACAUUUUGUGCUGAUUUCAAUAAACUUCCUCUUUUCAGUCGCUUAUUUCGCGAAUGGCAGCCGAUCAAGAAAGAAGAGAGCAAAAUCGGAAGCUCCGAUAUGCGACGCGAACCGCCGGUUGGAUCCUAGGAACUUAUUUGGCCUGUAGCGCGAUGAACAUUGCUUUGCUCUACACGGAGACUUUCUAUCCAGAAUUCGUCAUUGUGAGAGAAUUCGGAAACGAUGGAUGCCCUAUUUCUGAAAUUUCUUAGGACCCGGACGGCAACUUCAACGAGUAUUACGUGAAAGCUUGCGACCUUGCGUCGACCUUGGUCACUCUCUCGUCGGCCGUUCGAAUCGUCCUUUACUACUCUUUCAAUCCGGAAAUAAGGUUGACCUCCCUUUUAAUUUUAGCUCAUUCAUUUUUCAGACACCACAUUCAAAGUGUUAUUCGGAGAAGGAAAGCCUGUAAAGACGGUUUCAACCCUUCUGUAACAGCCGUUUAA